AACCUUGAUUAUUAGGACCAGUUACUGGCAUAUGUCCAUACAGCCAUAAGGAAAGGAAGGAAGGAAGGAACCGGCCGGUUUGUCGAGAUAUUAUAUACAUAUGUAUGAUCGAGAUUAUCAGGCGCCAUAUUAACUCGAACAUUCUGCUGCUUUAGCAAGCAAAAAACCUGUUCAAGGAAUAGCUACAAGAUUUCUAUCUUCAAUGACUCAGGCACUGCAGACACAUGGUGUAAUACCUGAUGUUGUGGACACAGUUCCACCCUCAUUCGCAAAGGUUGUUUAUCCUAAUAACUUGACUAUUGAGAUUGGAAAGGAAUACACUCCAACUCAGGUGAAAGAUCAACCAUCUGUAAGUUGGGAUGCAGAGGCAGGAUCUUUCUACACCCUGUGCAUGACUGAUCCUGAUGCUCCAAGCAGAAAGGAGCCUAAGUUCCGUGAGUGGCAUCAUUGGCUCGUUGGAAAUAUUUCUGGUAACGAUGUAUCAAAAGGUGAAGUCCUAUCUGAGUACAUUGGCUCAGGACCACCACCAGAUACUGGACUUCAUCGUUACGUCUUCCUGGUGUACAAGCAGCCUGGCAAAUUAACUUUUGAUGAGAAGCGUUUAACUAACAAAAGCGGAGAGAAUCGAGGACUCUUUUCCAUCAGAAAAUUUGCAGCUAAAUACAAGUUGGAUGAACCCAUUGCUGGAAACAUGUACCAGGCUAAAUACGACGACUACGUACCAAUCUUAUACAAGCAGCUUGGUGGAGCUUAAACUCAGUGUAACAACUUGUAAAAUUUUGCAACGUUAAGGUAUAUAUACAGACGAUUACUUUAAUAAUAAUAUCGUGGCAAGCAGAAAAGAUUAUAUUACUUAGCAUAAUCGCCUCUAAUGUACAGACAUUGUAGAGUAUGCUAAUUGCAUCAGUAAUGAAGUUUAAUUUGUUUUAAUAAAAUUUCAAUUUCUUACUAAAAA